AUGUCGAGGCACUGUCUGCUGCUCCUCUUGCUAACGACGACCUUGCUCGCGUUCGCGACACUAACAGCUGGAGCGAGCGCCCCGACCGUCGAGACCCUGAAUGGGACAUACGUCGGCCGCUAUGUCCCCGAUUACAAUCAGGACUUCUUCCUGGGCGUGCCGUUUGCCCAGCCGCCCGUGGGCCCGCUGCGGUUUGCUAACCCUCGAUCGCUGAACACAUCCUUUGGCGGAACGCGUCAGGCGACAGAGUACAGUGUGGAGUGUGUAGGAUACGGCAGCGACCAAUGGGGCUUCAAUGUCAGCGAAGAUUGCCUCUAUCUGAACGUCGUCCGUCCUUCAAACUACGCGGAUUACGACGAGCCUCUGCCAGUUGGCAUUUGGAUCUACGCAAGUCUUGGUGGCAGCUUCGUUGAGGGCGGCUCCCCAGAUCAGCGCUACAACCUUUCGUUCAUCGUGCAGAACAGCGUGGAGAUCGGGAAGCCGUUCAUCGGCGUCUCAUUCAACUACCGUCUUUCUGCUUGGGGCUUUAUGGCUUCCGGUCAGCUAGCCGGCGAGGGUAGCACAAACAUGGGCCUCAGAGACCAGCGCCUGGCCUUGCAUUGGAUUCAAGAGAACAUCGGUGCAUUUGGCGGUGAUCCAACCAAAGUCACAAUAUGGGGCGAGAGCGCAGGCGGCAUGUCCGUCGGCUUCCACCUCGUUGCUUACAACGGGCGAGACGACGGGCUCUUCCGCGCCGGGAUCAUGGAAUCGGGCAACUCCAUCCAAUGGAACGGGAUGUACACCGCGGACUACUUCGACGGCGCGUACCAGGCGCUCGUCGACAAUGUCGGGUGCACGUCCGCGGCGGAUGUGCUCGCGUGCCUCCGCAUGACGCCGUUUGACACGAUCAACGCCGCGGUGAACACGACGAACGCGAGCGUAUGGUUCCCAGUCAUCGACGGAGAUUUCAUUGCGAAGUUGGCGAGUUAUCAGCUCGAGGCGGGUGAUUACGUCCAUGUGCCGAUCAUCUGCGGGACGAAUACGGACGAGGGGACGGCGUUUGGCCCGAUAGGCAUCAACACGACGGCCCAGUUCUUGCAAGUGCUCGAAGAGGGCAGUAUUCAUCCCUACACACCUCUUGCCCCCGCUCUCGCCGAGGAGAUCAUCGACGUCUAUCCCGACGACCCGUGCGUUGGCAUCCCAGAAGAUCUUGGUUGUACGCGCCUCAACGACAUCUUGGGUCUCCAAUGGCGCCGCACCUCCGCAUAUGCCGGCGAUGCGACAUUUAUUGCUGGGCGGCGGUACCAAUGUGAGGUCUUCGCCGCCGGCGGAAACACCGCGUACUGCUACCGCUUCAACACUCUGCCCAACGGCGUCCCAAUCGAAGUUGGCGUGACGCACUUCCAGGAGGUCGCCUUCGUCUUUGACAACACGGACGGGUACGGGUACGACGUCUCGCCCGACCCGUUCGCGGGCGUGCCCGAAAGUUACUUCGCGCUGGCGAAGCUGAUGAGCAGGUCGUGGGCGAGCUUCAUACAUGAUCUGGACCCGAACAGCUUCAGGGCUAGUGGCGCGUAUGUGGAGGAGGGGACGCCGUUGUGGCCAGCGUACGAUGUGGGGAGCCCGCUGGAUAUUGUGUGGGACGCGAACGUGACUGGCCUUGCGUGGGUUGAGCCUGAUACGUUCCGGGCUGAGGGGAUUAACACGAUUAUAUCGUACAAUCGUGCGUUCAGGCGCUGA